AUGGCAUUGCCAGCACAAAACCAAGCUCAAGCCUUAAAUGUUGCACUCAACAAUCAACAAGGACGUUCUGGCCGUGGCAAAGUACCACCACCAUUGUUGCGUUCGCGAACAUUGCCUGCAAUCAUAGUUCCGGGUAUACCGGUGGUAUCCUUGCACACCGAUAAAUCGCAAUUUCAAUGGGAGGAACGAUUAAGCUCAGCCAGAGCCUCAACAUGCAGCGGAAAUCGUUGGUCAUUAUUGACACGUAAUACAACAACUACAACGGCCACCUCCACACCCACAUCGGCAGCCUGUAGUAGUGCCCCGUGGAACAACAAUAACAACAGCAGUAUCAGUAACAACAACAACAACAUAAGCAGCAAUUUUAAUAACAACAACAACACGCUCAGCAUAAAAUCACUUAACCUGCCCAAGGAUGAUGGAACGCUUGUCUAUCGGCGUAAAUCUUCGGGUAGCACACCUCAUGGUAGUUCCGGUGCUGUUUUGGUUGAAGCAGCCAUUGCUGGUGGCAGUGGUGGUACAACCGGAAAUUAUAGUAACUCGGCAGCUGGAGGUGGUGGUGGUGGUGCCGGCGCCCAAACCCCCGAUGCUUCGAUGCCAUAUCGAGCCUCAACCUCAUCAUCGACGGCUGAUGAUUUUGAGUGUUAUGCUGCCGAUGGUUCCGUCCUGCUGAGGCGCAAGGACAGCAGUGCUCUACAACGUUCCGCUAGCAUUGAUUCCUUUGCCGAAGUGGUGUGGAGCGAUUCGCCACGACCAUCGCUGGAAAUACCCCGACCCGUGGUGGCACCCUUCAGCAAGCGUCCCUCGGCCAGCAGUUUGUACAGCAAUUGCAGUGCUUCGUCACAAAGUGCCCAAUUGAAUAUCAAUGAGCUGUGUGUGGGUGGCAGUGGCGGUGGUGGUGCAGGGAGUUGUGGCAUGACAUCAGGUGCUGGGCUUGGGAGUAGUGGUAAUAUUGGUGUUGGUGGUGCCAUGGUUGGCAUCACCACCAGUGCCAAUAAUCGGCGUGAGAGUUUACUAAGUCCAUCGUCCACCCGCCGCAAUAAGCUGACAAGAAUUAUAAAUGGUAAGUCAGAAGAAAUGUUAGAUUUAAAACGUAACCUUUGUGGGGAAAAGGUGUGUUCGUUGGUUAUGAAAGGUAAGGAAAAUUCUAUGAAAAGUGAAGGCGAUGGAAAAUGGUAA